AUGUCUCCAACACCAGAUGACGACCAAUCUAACCGACAGACGAGAUAUUUCGAGCUCCCAGCAAAUGGCGAGCAUAGUGCCCAACUACCAGAUGAGCUUCCGCCCUACCAAGCACUAGCGGAAUUAGAAGCCACGACAACUGGCCGUGAAGAUGGACGAAUUGAUAUUGAUCUUAGUUCGAGAAUAGCUCGGCGACUCUCGAAACUGGUUCCCACGGGAAAGCCUCCCAUUUCUCACGGGCAGAAUCAGCCUCCUGCGUACACCGAGACAAGCGAAAAGAGCAUUCGCCUAAAUAUCGUCAUUCAGGUCGUUGGUAGUCGAGGCGAUGUUCAGCCGUUCGUCGCGCUAGGUACAGAAUUGCAGCGCCAUGGCCAUCGCGUGCGACUCGCGACACACGGUCAAUUCGACAAAUUUGUGAGAGAGUCAGGUCUUGAGUUCUUUUCCAUCGGCGGUGAUCCCGCUGAACUGAUGGCCUACAUGGUCAAAAACCCUGGUCUCUUCCCUAGCAUGAAGACACUACGUGGAGGUGAAAUCCAGCGAAAGCGCAAAAUGGUGGACGAAAUGUUGCACAAGUGCUGGAGUUCCUGCAUUGAGCCUGAUGAGCUCACAGGACGACCCUUCGUUGCAGACGCCAUCAUUGCAAACCCGCCUAGUUUUGCGCAUAUCCAUUGCGCGCAAGCCCUUGGUAUCCCGUUACAUCUGAUGUUCACGAUGCCGUGGACGAGCACGAGAGAGUUCUGUCACCCACUUGCGAAUCUGAAGGCCAAUGGGAGUGAUAUGUCGGCGACGGCUGCGAAUUAUGUGUCUUAUUCACUGGUUGAGUGGAUGACUUGGCAAGGACUCGGCGAUAUCAUCAAUGCGUGGAGAGACACCAUAGACCUGGAACCGAUUCCCUUCAGCGAAGGGCCUUGCUUGACGGAGACUUUGGGAGUUCCAGUUACAUACUGCUGGUCUCCGGCUCUGGUGCCCAAGCCAGCCGACUGGCCUGAGAACAUUGAUGUCUGUGGAUUCUUCUUCCGCGAUGCGCCAAAAUAUCAACCUGAGCCCGCUUUGCAGCAGUUCUUGUCAAGCGGUCCGCCACCGAUAUACAUCGGCUUUGGCAGUAUCGUAAUCGAUGACCCCGAUAAGUUGGCAGCGACUAUUCUCGACGCUGUCCGUGCGACGGGGACGCGGGCAAUUGUUUCUAGAGGAUGGAGUAAACUUGGCGGGGAUUCGCCAGGUGACGACCAAGUCUUCUUUCUGGGAGACUGUCCGCACGAGUGGCUAUUUCAGCAUGUUACUGCAGUGAUACAUCAUGGAGGAGCCGGCACCACAGCCUGUGGGCUUCUCAAUGCGAAACCCACUACCAUUGUGCCCUUCUUUGGAGAUCAACCGUUUUGGGGAAAUAUGGUCCACGCUGGUGGUGCAGGUCCAGCUCCCAUUCCCUUCAAGGCCCUGAAUAGUAGCAAUCUUGCCGAAGCUAUUCUCUUCUGUUUGACACCCGAAGCUUCAGCAGCAGCGCGACAAAUCGCCGAUAAAAUGUCAUGUGAAGCUGGCGUCAGGCGGGCCGUGGCAUCCUUCCAUGCGAACCUACCUCUCAACGCUAUGCGAUGCGACCUUCUACCCAAUCAUUCUGCAGCAUGGAUGUACGAUAAGAAGGGGAAGAAGAUAAAGCUGUCUAAGAUAGCUGCUGAGCUAUUAGUCGAGGAUGAGAAGGUGUCGUGGAAUAACCUCAAAGCUUACCAACCGCAACCAGUCCAUAUUGAGAACCGUCGUUGGGAUCCGGUGACUGCAACACUUGCGACGCUCGCCACGACUAGUGUUGGAAUGGUCGCAUCAGCCUCUGACAUUGUCGUCAAGCCCAUCCAAGCACUGCGGCCAGUGACUCCAAGUGGUAGCAGAUCAGCAAGUCGAGAUCGAUCAGGAAACAACUCGAAACGCCCAUCGGAGGAGGAUGUCUUUGGCCGGCCAGCAGGCAUAGAUCUGUCCUCAGCACCAACAGCCACCAAAGACAUAGACCCCAACCAUGGUGCACUAGCAGCCGUCAAGGGCUCAGCAUCAGGUGUCGGUGGCUUCUUUAAGCACUACUCCAAAGGCAUGCUUCUCGACCUCCCUUAUGCAGUAACAGAAGGAAUGCGCAACGCCCCCAAGCUUUACGGCGGCAAAGCAUACGACCCAGGCGCCGUGACAGAUUGGAAGUCAGGCGGUAUCGCAGCCGGCAAGAAUUUUGCGCAUGGUAUGGUUGAGGGGAUAGGCGGUAUAGUCAUGGAGCCUGUGCGAGGGGCGAAGAAAGAAGGCGCUGCGGGUGCUGCGAAGGGUGUCGGUAUUGGAUUGUUGAAUCUGGGGACGAAGGUGGGUUCUGGGGCGCUUGGGUUGUUUGCGUUGCCGAGUCAGGGGGCGUACAUGAGUGCGAGGGCUCUUGUGAAGAGGAAGACGGGGAAGGGUAUUAUGGAGGCGAGGAAAAUUGAGGGGAGGGAUGUUGUUGAGAGGAGUGAUGGGGAGACGCGCCGAAAGGACAGAAUGGUAGUGGUGGAGGAGUUUGGGGCACUGAUGGGAGAGAACACGAGGUAG